AUGGCUUUUGAUCCUGUUUCGUUUAUCCCAUUUCAAUCAAAACACCUCCAUGCAUCAAUCUUUACCGUCUUCUACAUAAAUUUGUUUUGCUUCCAACAUAUCAGAGCUACAUCAAACGAGACAGAUUAUUUGGCAUUGCUCAAGUUUAAAGACUCAAUAACUGAUUAUCCUAAUGAGAUCUUGAGCUCUUGGAAUGGUUCAAACCACUUCUACAGUUGGACUGGAAUCACUUGCGGCCACAAGCAUAAGGGAGUGAUAGAGUUGAAUCUGAGGGGUUAUCAUCUGGGUGGGACCAUAUCACCCCACAUUGGCAAUCUGUCCUUCUUGAGAAAUCUCUCCCUCACAGACAAUAGUUUCUAUGGUAAAAUCCCACCAGAGUUGGGACGUUUGUUCAGGUUGAAAGAACUCUCUCUUGGGAACAACAGAUUAAAAGGAGAGAUUCCCUGGAACUUGAUGAGUUGCACUGAACUGAGGUGCUUGAAUUUGUCAAUGAAUGGUCUUACAGGUAAGAUACCAUCCCAGAUUGGCUGUCAACAGCUUGAAAGGUUUGCCAUUCAUAACAACAAUUUAACUGGAAAACUCCCAGCUUCUAUGUGGAAUCUAUCUUAUUUGCCAAAUCUUGACAUAGCUUAUAGUCACUUGGAAGGAAGUAUCCCUGAAGAGAGAGCUGAUUUGAAGAACUUGAAAAUUUUGUCAGCAGUCUCAAAUCAUUUUUUGGUGCUCUUCCCGCUCACUCUUCAACAUGUCAUCUCUCAUUGUCAUAUCAUUAGCAGAAAACCAGUUGAAUAUGACCCGACUUCCAGAAAACAUGUUCUCCACCCUCCCAAAUCUAAAAUUUUUUUAUCAUAG